AUGCCCUCCGGCCACGUCCAAGCCACCGUCAACGACACCGUAGUCGCCGAGUCCGAGACCUACGAGCUAGUCGAGAGCAACGUGUACUUCCCGCCCGCAUCCCUCAAGCCCGAGUUCUUCAGCAAGACGGACCUGCACACGCACUGCGGGUGGAAGGGCGACGCCGACUACUACACCAUCAAAGUCGGGGAUACGGAGCUUGCGAAUGCCGCGUGGUACUAUCCCGCACCGUUUGACAAGGCCAAGCAUAUUAAAGACUACGUCGCUUUCUAUAAAACUAAAGUGGACGUAACAGCCGUAUAA